CCAGGUCAAGCGGUGUCAAACUGCAUUAAUUAUACCGUGCAGAUGCACCCAAGAAUGCCAUUGUGCUCAAAAGCAGGAAGGAGAGAGGAGGAGAGCGAGGCCCCACCAGGGCUCAUGUGAGGAGGGCCCUUCUUUCGGGGCGGGCUUUGCUGCUUUGUUGGCGGAACUCUGCCUCGAGAGGGAAGUGAAGGCUGACGCCCGGAGCAAGCCUUCCGCCCAACCGGCUCUGGUCCUGGCGAGGCAGAUAUGAAGAUGAAAUCUAUAAUCCCAUACUGUUUGAUGGUUGGAUAUUUUUUGUUGACUAUCUUCUGUGGCACUGAUACACAUACAUCAGCUCAUAGUGUUGAUCACCAUCAUAAAUGGGAUAAGUUCUACUUCGUUCAUCAUUGGCCAGUAACUGUAUGUAAGAUGAACGACAAUGGUUGUAAAGAUCCACUAAUGUACUGGACAAUCCAUGGACUAUGGCCAGAUAAAGAAGAAGAGUGUAAUAGAACUUGGCAUUUCAAUAUAUCUGAGCUUAAGGAUUUAAUGGGAGACAUGGAACAGUAUUGGCCAGAUGUUCUUCAUCCAAAUAACACCCAUUUCUGGAAACACGAAUGGGAGAAACAUGGAACUUGCGCAGCUGAGCUGGAAUCUCUUAAUUCUGAGAAAAAGUACUUCAGUAAAGCACUGGAACUCUAUAAAAAACUUGAUCUGAAUAGUUAUCUCUUGAAACUGGGGAUAAAGCCAGGCAGCACCUAUUACCAAAUGGCUGCCAUCAGAGAAGCUCUUACAAAGGUUUAUGAUGUAACACCAAAGAUUCAGUGUCUCCCUCCAGAAGAGGGUCAACCACAGAUAAUUGGUCAGAUUAAAUUCUGUCUCACCAAGGAGUAUGACAUGAGAAACUGUACAGAAUCAAAGGCUAGUUCCUUUUCUGCCCAGAAAGAUAAGUUUUUCAAGACAGAAGAUCUCUCCAACUGCAACGAUACCCUGACAUAUUAUCCUUCACAUAUAAAUGCUUGGAAGCACUUUGUGGGAAAUACUGUUUAACUUGUCAUGAUGUAAACAAACAUCAUUGUUCAGAGACAAAAUGUUAUCCCAGAAGAAUAUUGGGAAACUGUAAUGUGUAAGUCUUCCUUAUAAUGGAUGCAUGUGAACAGAAUAACAGUAUGGUUAUCAGGGUUGUAUAAAUGGAUUUUUGUUUCUGGGAGAAAAACAUUUUGCAUUUUUGCUGCUAAAAUAUAUUUUCAUCUGGGUUUUGAAAAUGAACUUCAUAUGUUUCUGAAAUUUAUUUUUGAAGCUGAGCCAUUCUCUCUACUUCUGUCUGCAAGUGAUUGUAGUAAAGUAGGUUUCCAACUUAGUUGGUAAUUUCAUCAGGGUUUUUUAUGUAAUAUCUUCCUGUAUCUUAAAUAACAGUAUGAAAAUAUUAUUAAUAUCUCAAGUUCAAAAGGUAGUUUUGUGAGAAUUGUGUCUUUAGAGAAUUAACAACUACAACAAUGUGUGUAAUAU